AUGCUCGCCCUCGCCUCGCUCCUCGCCCUCGUCCUCCUCCUCCCCACCACCGCCCUCGCCGCGUCCGAUGGCGACAAGCCCCAACUCGCCCACACCUUGUUCGACAACCUCCCCUCGCGCAUCAUGUACUUUGACGACUCGCCCGUCGUCCUCUACCACGACCAGGUCGGGCGCAACAUCUGGCGCUCGGGCGACGAGGGCAAGGACUGGAAGAUCAUCGACGGCGUGCCGCACGGCGAGUCCUACAUGCUGUUCGAGCACCCGUACGACACCAAGAUUGCGCUCGUCCUCACGGCGGGCACGACGCACUACCGCUCGAUGAACCGCGGCGAGUCGUGGCAGUCGUUCUCGACCGCGCUCGCGCCCUCGCUCUCGCCCAACACGCUCUCGUUCCACGCCCGCAAGUGGGACUGGAUCCUCUUCACGGGCCAGGUGUGCGACGAUGUCGGCGGGUGGCAGGGACGCGUUUGCCACGAUGAGACCUUCUACACCAAGGACGCGUUCGCCUCGUCGCCCAAGCCGCUCCUCGCCUACACGUCGCGCUGCAUUUUUGCGCACGACAAGAAGGAGCUCGCCGCCAACGUCGCCGACGAGCUCAUCUUCUGCGCCGCGUACGAGCCUCCCUCGUCGCAGGCGGCCGAUGCCCCGUCGGGCUCGUCGCUCAAGGACGCCCUGUCGUCGCUCCUCGGCAGCACGCCCCGCACCCUCAAGGAGUCGCGCCUGUACUCGUCGACCGACUUUUUCGCCGCCGACCGCACCUACGUCGACCUCGGCAUCGGGCGCGAGGCGCGCGGCGUCGUCGGCAUCGGCGGCGUCCAGAAGUACCUCGUCACGGCGCUCAAGCCGCCCUCGUCGGACGGCGGCUCGGGCGGCGCCGGCGGCGCCGGCGAGAUGGUCCUGUACGUGUCCGAGGACGGCAAGACGUGGUCCCGCGCCCAGUUCCCGCACGGGCACGGCCUGCGCGAGAACGCCUACACGAUCGUCGAGAGCACCGAGCACUCGAUCCUCGUCGACGUCAACUCGUCGCCCUCGGCCGCCGCCGGCACCCUCUUCACGAGCAACUCGAACGGCACCUACUUUGUGCGCAGCCUCGAGAACACGAACCGCAACAAGAACGGCAUCGUCGACUUUGAGAAGAUCGUCGGCGUCGAGGGCGUCGCCAUCAUCAACACGGUCAUGAACGUCGACGCCGUCGAGGCGGGUCACGACAAGGAGCUCAAGACACGCAUCACGUUCGACGACGGUGGGCACUGGAGCCUCAUCAAGGCGCCGUCGUCCGACAACGAGGGCCGCAAGGUCGGCUGCGACGUGAGCGACGUCGAAACCUGCUCGCUCCACCUCCACUCGGUCACCCAGCCGCACAACUACGGCCGCGUCUUCUCGUCGACCGCGCCCGGGCUCGUCAUGGGCGUCGGGACCGUCGGCGACCGCCUCCUGCCGUACGACGAGUGCGACACGUUCAUCUCGACCGACGCCGGCCUGUCGUGGAGGAUGGCCGACGACGGCGCCAAGAAGUACGAGUGGGGCGACCAGGGCAGCGUCCUCCUCAUGGUCGAGGACGAGGAGCCGACCGACGUCAUCCAGUACUCGUUCGACUACGGCAAGACCUGGAAGGAGUUCGACCUCGGCGUCAAGCUGCGCGCUCGCCUCCUCACGACCGUCCCCGACUCGACCUCGCUCAAGUUCAUCCUGCUCGGCACCCUCACGCGCCGCUCGGACAAGAAGGGCUCCAAGGGCGAGCGCCACAUCGUCGUCCACAUCGACUUUGCGAGCCUCAACAAGCGCAAGUGCGGCGACAAGGACCUCGAGAAGUGGUACGCCCGCACGAUCGGCGGCCAGCCCGACUGCCUCAUGGGCCACAAACAAUACUACAUGCGCCGCAAGCAGGACGCCGACUGCGUCGUCGGCGAGAAGUGGAAGGACCCGGUCGCCCGCAUGGAGAACUGCGCCUGCGAGGACGAGGACUACGAGUGCGACUACAACUUUGCGCCCGACGACUCGGGCAACUGCGUCCCUGUCGGGCCCGAGACGAUCCCGCCCGGCCAGUGCCUGCGCGACGGCGACAAGUUCAAGGGCUCGAGCGGGUACCGCCUCAUCCCGGGCAACACGUGCGACGUCAAGCGCGGCAUCAAGAAGGACGCGCCCAAGGAGAAGCCGUGCUCGGCCGGCAAGGAGACGCCGGGCUUGGUCUCGCACCAGUCGUUCACGUUCCCCGGCUACGUGAUCGACCACGCCUACUUCGAGAAGUCGCACACGAUCCUCGCCUUCACGAACAAGAACCGCGUGUGGCAGUCGAACAACGAGGGCUUUUCGUGGCACGAGGUCGUCAACGGCGCCCACAUCGUCGCCAUGACCAUGCACAACUACGCUCGCGACCGGGCCUACCUCAUCACCGAGUCGCGCACCGUCCACUACACGACCGACAAGGGCACGACCUGGAACAAGUUCACGGCCCCGGCCGACCCGAACGGGCUCGGGAUCCCGCUCCUCGACUUCCACCCUCUGCGGUCCGACUGGCUCAUCUGGACCGGUCAGCUCGACUGCGGCGACUCGGACUCGUCGUCGUGCCGCGCCGCCGCCUACAUGACCAAGGACAACGGGCGCAACUGGAGCAAGCUCGACGAGUACGUGCGCGUGUGCAGCUGGGGCCGCGACAAGAAGCUGCGCAUCGACGAGAAGGUCAUCUUCUGCGAGAGCUACCGCGACAAGAAGGGCUCGCAGCGCGCCGUGUACCAGAACAACAACCCGCUUCGGCUCGUCGCCGGCGACUACUUCUACUCGAACAAGAAGGUCCUGUUCGACAACAUCGUCGGGUUCGCCACGUUCGAGGAGUACAUGGUCGUCGCCGAGGUCUCGGAAAACUCGCGCGCUAUCGGGCUCAAGGUGUCGCUCGACGGCAAGACGUUCGCGCUCGCCCGGUUCCCGCCCAACAUGCAGCUCGAGAACCAGGCCUACACCGUCCUCGAGUCGACGACCGACGCCAUCUUCCUCCACGUCACGACCCACCCCAACGUCGGCAGCGAGUGGGGCACGCUCUUCAAGUCGAACUCGAACGGCACCUACUACAACCCGUCGAUCGAGUACGUCAACCGCAACGGCAAGGGCUUUGUCGACUUUGAGAAGAUGAUCGGCCUCGACGGCAUCGCCGUCAUCAACGUCGUCUCGAACCCGGACGAGGCCGCCCUCAGCAGCAACAAGAAGCUCCAGACGCGCAUCACGCACAACGACGGCGGCAAGUGGAAGCCGCUCGUCCCGCCCAAGUCGGACUCGCUCGGCCGCUCGUACGACUGCCGAGGGACCAACUGUGCCCUGCACAUCCACGGCUACACCGAGCGUCGCGACCCUCGUGCGACCUACUCGUCGACCUCGGCCGUCGGCCUCAUGCUCGCGGUCGGCAACGUCGGCGAGUCGCUCGUCGGCUACACCGACUCGGACACGUUCCUCACGCGCGAUGGCGGCUUCUCGUGGGAGGAGGUCCACAAGGACGCGCACAUGUGGGAGUACGGCGACGCCGGCUCGAUCCUCCUGCUCGCCAACGACGAGGAGCCGACCGACCACGUCACGUUCACGCUCAACGAGGGCCUGUCGUGGCAAGACUACUCGUUCGGCGAGUCGAUCCGGGUUCGCUCGAUCGUCACGGUCCCGCAAGACACGAGCCGCAAGUUCAUCCUGUUCGGCACCAAGGUCGACCGGCCCGAGUCGACCGUCGCCAUCCACCUCGACUUCUCGUCCGUCACCAACGUCAAGUGCAAGCUCGACCUGAGCGACCCGUCGAGCGACGACUUUGAGCUGUGGUCGCCGUCCGAGGUCCGCGACGAGCCCUGUCUCUUCGGCAUGCAGGCCAUGUACCAUCGUCGGAUCCGCGACCGCAACUGCUUCAUCGGCGAGCAGCUUCCGCAGCCGGCCAAGAUCGUCAAGUACUGCGCCUGCAGCGAGGACGACUUUGAGUGCGAGUACAACUACAAGCGCGACAGCCGCGGCAAGUGCGUCCUCGUCGAGGGCGCCGAGCCGCUCGAGGCCGACAAGACGUGCCCCGUCAACGAGCCGUUCUGGUACGAGCGCACCAACAUGCGCAAGAUCCCGCACUCGAAGUGUGAGGGCGGCCUGCAGCUCGACCAGGGCUCGCGGCACGUCUGCCCCGGCCACACGGCCCGCAGCGGCUUCUUCUGGGCGACGAUCGCGGUCCUCCCUUUCGGCAUCGCCGCCCUCGCCGCCAUCUGGUGGACCCGCAGACGCACCGGCGGCGGCGGCAAGGGCCGCAUCCGCCUGUCCGACCCGGGCGAGGCGACGCGCUCGUCGGCCGUCGUCGACUUCCUCGCGUCGGUGCCCUACUUCGUCGUCGGCAUGGCCGGCGCGCUCCUCGAGAAGGCGCGCGAGCUGCCCUGGAUCCGCGACCACCUGCGGCAGAACCGGCGCGGCGGGUACCGGAACCUGCGUCUCGACGACGCACUCGACGCCGAGCUGCUCGACGACUACGACGAGGAUUUGUGAGGGCCUUUCCGCAUCUCUCCCUUUGCAUAGACUCUCCUCGCAAUGAAAUCCAGCAGUACCCUCGGACCGAGUC